AUGGCCAAUCCUUGGAUCGUCAUUUACAUUUUUGUCAUAUUACUUCGCCAUGUUUUUCAAGGAGAAACUCGUGAAGGUAAAACCUAGAUAUUUAAACCUAUGAAUAACUCUAAUCAUGUUGGACUUAUAAAAAGGUUGUCGUUAGAGAGAACUAAGGUGUAAUGAUACACAAAUGUAUAUUUAAAACUCAUUCUCGUUAUUUAAUUAUUAGAGGGAGCUCUAGCAAAGACGACAGAGACGGUAACGAGAACGUCAAAAAAGCAAUAGGUUUAUUACGAAAAACAACAGCUUUGCACCGCAUCACGCUUUUUUUGUACAUUUCUUUGCCGCCACCGCACGACUACGACGUCAAAAUGCCUAACUGCACGUUUUAAGGAGGACGCAAACAAGCGACGACGAAUUUCUCUUUGUCUUUCUAAACUUGAAUGCGGUCCCUAAGAAAUCAACUCCUGAAAAAUCCAUCUACAUUUGACAUUUUCAGCGAAUUGCAAUAAACGCGACAACGUUUGAAGAAACGCGAAUCCAUUUUAAAAGUGACGUUUCCGCUGCCGUCACCGUCGUUGUUGCUAAAGCUCCCUACUGUUAUUUGUACAAUGGAAAAGGAGCAAGACAAGAAGCCCCAUGUAAGGGAACCCAAGACAGUAUUGGAAUCUAGAAUACACGCUGUGAAUUCCGGAUUCAAGGUACUGAAUUCCGGAUUCCUUAUCAGCGUGACUUGCCAGUCCCGGAUUCCAAUCGUUAGGAUGAUUUUGGAUUCCUUAUCAGCGUAACUUGCUCCCGGAUCCCAAUCGUUAAGUUAAUUCCGGAUUCCUUAUCAGCGUGACUUGCUCCCGAAUUCCAAUCGUUAGGAGGAUGCCGGAUUCCUUGAACUGACGUCCGGAUUCCAAAGCCUAGGAUACUGCAUUCCACAAACAAAAUUUUGCCGAAUUCUUGGAUCUGGAUGACCUAANGUUGAAUUAUAUUGACAAAACAGAAUCAAUGGUUUUGUAGAAUAAAAAUAUUUAUCUUUGGUCACAGUGAAUAGUUUUAAGUCGAGUACUGUUUUCGGACCGUUGACUAGUAUGUUUGGAAGCUAUCCGCUCAAAAAUAUUAUUUACUGGAUUUUGUGACAAUAAUAAAAUGCUGAACGGAGAGCGCGCUUUUAUGUUAAACACAUAAUAGAUUGUUUACUAUCCAAUCAGGGUUAAAAGAGCCCGGGCAAGUCUAGGCAAGCCUAUUGUUCCUAUUGUAGUAGAGUGACGCUCAUUAGUAAACCUAAUCCAAAUUAGUAUGCUGGAAGACACUUCUUUCCGAGGUGACGUCAUAGGCUUAUGCAUAUGCCUAUUAAUUAAGGGAACGCACACGGAACGCAAAGGGAACGCACCAAAGGGGGUUAAAUUUGCUGAAGCCCUAUCUUGCAUAAGCAUUGUUUUCAAUUUCUCUUGGCGCGAUUGCAAGUCCUAAAUGGAAAUUGAAAACUGAUUUUUAAACGCUAUUAAAACACAACAUACUAAAACUUUAACUGAGUCAGAGGAAGUCAGAGUGAUAGCAGAAGACUGAAGAAGAAGAUUGAGUAUAGUUGCUUUCAACAAACACAGUACUUGAAAUAAUAUUAUAACGUAUUUUAAUCAGAAACAGUCAACAGAUUGAAACAAAGCUAACUUCCCACCCCCCCCCCCCCCCCCUUAUUUUGCGAAUUUUUAACAAUUAUUCCUCGAGCCCGAAUGGGCUCUGAGUCAAUGCCCAUGGGGGCGAGAGGAAUAAUUGUUUUAGUAAAAUCCAACCAGUUGAUCAAAAAUAUCGAGAAUAAAAAAAAUUAGCUAGUUAAAGCUAGACUUUAAUCCUUUAUUGCCGCCAAAAUGCCCGCGCUUUUCGCUACUAGUGGGCUAUAACAUAUAGCCUAGUAGCAGCUCAACCAAUCAGAACGCAGCAUUGAUAAUAGACCACUACCUGAAUUUUACUAAGUACUAUUACUCUAUCGUUCUCUGUUCUUUCCCUUUUAUAGUUUCACUGACCACUGCGAUGACACCAACUGUUUGCACUCUGAAAACAACAUCUGGCGAAUGCUGUAGCAUCCCCUUCACUUACAGAGGCGUGACUUACAAAUCUUGCACUAAUGUUAAUCAUCAUAGACUCUGGUGCUCCUUGGAUUCGCAAUAUAAAGGAAACUGGGGAAAUUGUAGUAAGUUUCAUUAAAUGGCCUUGCAUAUUGAGCCAAAGGUAAAAGUCCAGCAGGCCUAACGACGCCUUCAGGUUUUUCACAGCAGUGACAAAAAAAUUAACCCCAGGAAUGAGAUAUUAAAAAGUCGAUAAUGGCAAUAAGCAGACUCUCCCUGCUCGGUUGCCAGUUGUAGCUAAUAUGGUGCUUAAUCGGUGGACAACGCUGAAAAAAGAAAAUGCUUGAUAUAGUCCAACAUAUAAAAGAUAAAGUUUUUAUCUUAGUGUGGCUUAGCCUCACAGGAGGCGGUCAUUUUGCCACAGACGAUUGUUUUCUCAAAAUCUUCUCGCGGCCCGUCUAUCAGAUAGGCGGCCCAUCUCCACAGUUCACUUGAAGCAACUAGAAUAUCUCGAGAAUGUCCAGAGGAUUUUUUUAAGACCUGAGAAAAAAAUGGACUAGAGAUAUUCUAAAGUGAGGAUGAUUCAUCGAUCGAAAUAACAAGCAAAAUUUACACGUACAUCAAAAGAAGAAUGCUUGCUCUAAUAUUUCAAAGCCAUUGUUUGUCAUCACAUACAAAAGUACUGUCUUCUACCAGUUUCUCUUAGUCAGCUCUAUAACUCAAAGGCGGGCAAAGACCGAUGGAAAAACGCGAAACACAACAGAUUUCCACGUCAAUUCAAGUCCGCUAGAGGAUAUUUUUUACCCGCCAUGUUUUGACGCUACGCUAUUGUUUCGCACAUUUUCAAAAGUGGAAAAGCUCUUAUAGAGUGUAUAAGCCGCUAAACAAAAUUUUCAAUCAAAUCCAAAAUGACCACCAAAAUGGCAGAUAUUUUAAUUUUUUCAUCGACUUCAUGGACCUCAGCAGCGCAACAGCCCAUAAUAUUUUUGUCAUUUUAUAGCUCUCUAUUCGGUCAUUGUAUUGAAUCCUAAAUCUUUUCAAAAUUUUAUGACACAGCUAGAAGCCAAGGGUCUCUUUUGCACUGUCCACCCUCCUCAUGUAUCAAAAGUAGUUAUAUUCAUUUGCUUAGCUCGUUCACUGAUCCAAGGAUCAGAGCAUCUAUCUAUCCUAUUUUAAGUAAUGUUAGGGACGUUAAGCAACGAGAACGUUAACGUCCCGGACAUCGAAAAUGGCAACCGGAAUGCAGGAGUUGAUAUUUCUCUCUUUCAGUGCUCUGACUCGACAAACUCGUGUGGCGGGAGUUAAAACAAAGGCAUUAAGAUUCUUUUAAUUUGUGUGAGACAGAAGCCUUCCAGUAAGAAAGACAUCAAACUUCUGUUUGCUACUUAUGACGUCCGGGGCGUUAGAGUUCUCGUUGCUUAAUUGAGGUGGCUAACACCACUUCUUUAUCGCUUUCAUCUCCCAUUUAUAGUGUCGACGGCUACUACGAUGCCACCAAUUGUUUGCUCCCAGAGGACAAUUAAUGGUCAAUGCUGUAGCAUCCCCUUUAUUUACAAGAAUGUGACAUACAACUCUUGUACUUUUGUUGAUCAUCAAAGACUCUGGUGCUCACUUGAUAGUCAUUACAAAGACAGAUGGGAAUAUUGC